UGGGAAGGUAUUAAAAUCGACACAUUUAUUAUUUUAGUUUUGCAACACAAGCAUGUGCGACGCAUAACAAUGCUAUUGAAACCUCUUAUCUGGGGAGAUACAAAUAUGUGCCCUCGUUAUUUAACUUAUAUCGCCACUUUCAACCCCCUCCCGCAGACGAGUUAGCAGGCUUGGUAGUUCCUAGCAUAUGACGUGAAAAUCAAUAGUGCGCGCGUCUCUCUCUCGUGAUGUUCCUUGUUCACGUAUACAUCACGUCGCUCGCGUUCGUAUGGUCGCUCGUAUUUUCGUCCCGGUUGCGAGAUUACGCGAAUCGAAUGUCGGCGAAUACGGUGUCUCGUCCAUGAAAUCAUCCCCGAAUUAUGCGGCAGGGUGGUUUUUAUCAGGAGUACCAGGUAGAAGUAGCACCUAUCGUCGCGCAGUUAUAAAGUGAGGGAAAGAACGUUAAGUACAUGAAAAGGCAUCCCUGAGAAUGAUGGAAGGGCCCGGAUUAGGAUAUUCGUAUCAUCUUCCAUCCGCUGGUUGGAAUCUCAAGGUCAGAAACGUGCUGUCACAGUUCAGUGACCUCUUUAGCGAAUUUAACAAGUAUAUCGCGCCUGCUUAUCAUCAUGAUCGCUGCGAGAGAUCUGUGCAAAUGCGCUUGUAUUCGAUGCAUAAAAGGGAAUUUGUUAUGGUGUUUGUUGCCUUCUUCGCGUUUGGAUUAGCGGUGUUUAUCGGCCUCGCCGGACCCCCUAUAACGUCGACCAGCGAACAGAAAGCGCAUCUGAACGGCAGCGAAAUGGCCACUGGUCCAUUUAUCAUGAAGACACCUCUAUUAUCUACGUACAGCCAGCAAUUAUGGGUAAUCGCCAAGCUAUUGACAUCGAAUAACGAUGAUGAAAGAUAUGACAAAGGUUUCCAAGUCAGCGUCUCCAUAGAUGGUAUCACUGCUGAUCGCAAGCUAGUGUCUGUCCUACCUCCAGAAGCUGGACAUAAUCGAACUAGACACUUGAAGUGCGAGAGACAAUCUUGCGAGGAGCUGGUCGUUGCUCAUCUCGGAUUCCUCGAUUACAGCUACUACAUAAUCACCGUUCGCUUCCAUGGACUUGAGAGCUUCCAUCAGCGAUACACGAUACGAGAACUCACAUUCUACUUUAAGAACUACAAUCCGGCGUUCACGCAGAUCGAGAUCUGGUUCCGAUUGAUCUUCUUACUGACCACUUUCGGAGUCAUGUGCUGGUUUGGUCAUUCACUUAGAAAGUAUCCGCUACACGAUUGGUCCAUAGAGCAAAAGUGGAUCUCUAUACUUCUUCCAUUGCUGAUUCUGUACAAUAAUCCGCUGUUUCCCAUGACGUUCUUGGUGAACUCCUGGGUACCCGGUAUGCUGGACGCGAUCCUUCAAACGACGUUUCUUUGCGCCAUUCUUAUGUUCUGGCUCUGCGUUUAUCACGGCCUCAGACAGAAUGAGAGACGGCUCAUCACGUUUUACCUACCCAAGCUUUUAGUAGUAGGAAUGUUAUGGGGUGCUGCACUCACCCUCGCCACGUGGCUUCGUUGUACCGAAUUAGAGGACCCCACUUACAAUUACGUUCUCGAUACAUCGAAUUAUUACGGCUUCAAGGUAUUCUUCUUCACAGUCGGUGGCUUCUACAUUGCAUAUCUGUUGCUUCUUAUUUUGAAGGCGUAUAGCGAACUACGAUCUAUGCCAUACUUUGAUCUUCGUCUGCGGUUCUUGACACUACUUGCUGCGGUUGUCGCCGGCGUCUGCAGUUUGGUCACGGCUCGUCAAUUUGGAGCCGGAGUUUUAGAAGACAGUUUUGCCUCUCGCCUUUCGACUUAUUAUCGCACAUCCGCGCAAUUCAUGGCCCUUUACGGUCUCCUUAAUUUUUAUCUGUACACCAUGGCGUACGUUUACGCGCCCGCACUCCAGCAGGUCUACGGACAACAUUCAUCGAUAACGAAAGAUAAUCCUGCGUUCUCGAUGUUUAACGACUCAGAGGAGGAAGUUAUAUACGGUUCGGACGAGGAUAGUCGGCGACCGCUGACUCGUGUUCCGCGAAACGCGGAGGACAGUGACUGAGGGCCUUAAAAAAGAAUUUAUUAACUACUUCUUACGCUCUAAGCGUAAAUAUAUUUGUUAAACGCGGAAAUAAUGAGAGAAGCAACAAUUUUUCUGAUUCAAUGAGAAUUUCUAGUCUGAUUCGCAGUCCUACUGCCGUCAUUAAAAGCUGCAAAAGAGAAAGAGAGAGACCCAGAUAGCAAAUGUACGUUUUGACGUUUAAUGUCAGUUUGUUACUACUUGGGAAAAAACAAAUUGAAGUUGCGUAUAGGUAAUUUGUUAAAUAAACAAAUAUUAAUUUUAAACAAGGAUUUGUCACGUUUCAUGCAGUAUUCGAGAAGAUGUAUAUAAAAAUAUAUACACUAAUAUUUAUGUAUCGUGUAUAGAGAUAAAUGUAAGAACUGACGGAAAGAAAAUGAAGAUGACGCGGAAUGAGGAACGGAAAAUAGGAAAAAAAUAGAAAAAAGGAAUUUAGAAAAUUUUUUAAAUAAUGC